AUUGAUUAUAUAAUUGUGUCUCACUUAUUUACAGGUGUGGUAGCAUUGUCCGCUAUCUAUUUAGUAAUCGGAUAUGGUGCUUCAUUCCUCUGUGCAUUAUUUGGUUUCCUGUAUCCUGCCUACUGCAGUACGAAAGCUAUUGAGUCGGAUUCCAAGGAAGAUGACACCCAAUGGCUGACUUACUGGGUGGUGUACAGCGCCUUUAGUCUGGUGGAAUUUUUCUCUGAUAUCUUCCUGUCUUGGUUUCCGUUUUACUACCUUGUUAAACUGUUGUUCUUGUUGUGGUGUAUGGCUCCAAUUGCAAACAAUGGAUCACAGUUCAUCUAUAAACGUGUUGUUAGACCUUUUGUGCUGAAACACCAGAAACAAGUUGAUGAAGCACUUGAUAAAUUCCAAGGAAUGGCUGCUGAUGCCAUCAAUGAAGUUAUGAAACGUACCCAGAAAGUUGCCGGCGAAGCCGAAGUAGCAGCACGUGAGGCUGCAGCUGAUGCUGCUUCCAAAGCUGCAGCUGAUGCUGUCAAUGCUGGUUUAGAUGACAAGAAAGUCAACUAGAGAUCCAUGAAAUAACAUGGCAAAACCACAUAUGGUCUUGGUACAGUGAAGGAUGCUGGGAAACUUAAGACAUAAAUAAGAUGCACUAAUGUCACAUUUCCUAUGAUUUAAAGAGGGAUUCAUUUGAAAACAUUGAAAAUUGGCAUUCUGAAUGAGAGUUGGUUUUGGGUGAAGUUGAAUUAUUUAGGACACAAUAUUAUGCAACUGCCUCACAAAUUAUGAUAAUUCUCUUUUUUCACAAGUAUUUUGCAAACACUGUCAAAUGCAUGGGAUAUGAACGAAUUUUAAAAUUAUUGUAAUGAUAAACAAAAUUGUUUUUGUUUUUUUGGAGUGGCACUCGCUAUGUCUUCAUUUCAAAGACUGGUAAAUUAAUUUCUGAUUUCAUGUUGGUUUUGACAUGAAUAUUCAUAUGCAAGCCCUUAUUUGGUAAUUUUUUCCUCCAUCGCCAGCAAGUGUAAUAAUAGAUAUUUCUGAUUUUGGAAUUACAAUGGCAAAUAGUGCUACAGUCUCAAUCUAGAAUAGUGACCAACAGACAUGGGUUUCUCUCUGCAUAAUAUUUCUAACAGGGCUACAAAAUGUUUUUUUUAAUGUACAAUAUUGUUAGCAGGGUUUUAAAGGGAAGAUUUCGUAGUUGGGAAAUUUUUUUUUUUGAAUACUUGUUCAGGUCUGUUUACAUUCUAGAAAAAUGUUUUGAACACUCUAGCAAAUUCGUUUAUUCCUGUUAACUGGUUUUCCAUUCUUUAGAUAGGUAUGUUUCUUUCUACAUAUAAAACACAAAGUUUAUUGCAUUAUAGUGAUGACAUCAAACCAAUACAGUAAAUGACAUCAGUAUAAAGCAAGAAAUAAGCUUGCAAAACAGUAAUCGUUAUAGAAACACAAGAAUAGAUGACAUCAUUUUAAUAGCACAAUAAGUGAUGACAUCAUAGCAGCCAUUUAUUUACAAGUACUAUAUCCACACGAGUGUCUUGACCCAGUAUGGUAUUCCAUGUUGUUCAUUGGGUAUAUAGGUUAGAUUUGAUAGUUAUUACAUUGUUAUACAUUUGUCUCGCCACCUCAUCUCGUACAUGUCUUCCAUACAAAAUAAUGCAGUCAUGGAGAUUUUUUUGGAGGUAUAAAAACUUUUAUUAAGAUUUAUUGCUCAAACCAACGUGAUACAUGUUUUGUCAUGCCUUGUUUUAUUUAAAUGUAUGAAUGUAACUACCUAGCACGUGUGUUGCUAUGGUAACCUAACAUGUGAUCAGGAACUAAUUAAACAGGCGUGUUCAGGCCACACCUCCUUGGUUCAAUCCAUGUAUAUUCCAAUGAAACAGGUCUAGUGUUUGGAGUGAAUUUAUGUUCAAGUUGUGAUUUUUGAGUGAACUCUUACAUGCGUGUAAACAUUCUGACUAUACAUGUACCCCAGUAUAUUGAAUGCAUGGCAGUCCACAAAGGUAAGAGUAGGGAAUGUUUGCGAGCCAUGUGUUAGUCUAAGCACUGAUAACUCUGUACCUGUUGGUUUUAUCAAUUUAAACUGUUCUUUCAACUUAUUUAUUAGCAAUUUGAAUCUUGUGCAUUUCCACAAAAUCCAGGUUGUAGAAUUUGUAAUUUAAAUGAAUGAUAAACAUGAUGAAACAAAUAAAGCUUUGGGAGAAUGA